GAGAGGAAAGAUUGUCAGAUACCCAAAAUAAAUGGCAGAGUCUUCCAGCAGCUGGGAAACCGUCAACAAAACGCAGUCCAAGUCCGGAAAAAACCACUGAGAAACAACCAAAACAAAAUGAACCGAUUAAAAGCAGUUGGAAAAAUCUACCUGCAGCUGGAAAACCUUCUGGAUAUUCAGAACACCAUGACUACAGUGAAGGCUUUCCCACUGAUAAGGAUGGAGCUAGAGAGAACCCUGAUAUUACCAACAAGAAAAGUAAUCUUCCUGCAGCUGGAAAACCAACAACAGCAGCAAAACGCAGUCCAAGUCCAGAGAAAACUACAGAGAAACAACCAUCCAAGCCUAGUGAACCUAGUGUGAGUCAGUGGAAAGACCUCCCUGCAGCUGGAAAACCAACAACAACACGCAGUUCAAGUCCUGAGAAACCUAGAGAGAAGCAACCUCCUCAACCUGAUGAACCUCCUAAGAGACAGUGGAAGAAUCUACCAGCAGCUGGAAUGCCUUCUGGAUAUUCGGAGCAUCAUGACUUCAGUGAAGGGUAUCCCACAGACAGGGACAAGCCUGAGAAAGCUUUGCCAGCUACUGGUAAACCUACGAGACGCAGUCAAAGUCCAGAGAAAUCCAGCAAGGAUCAUCCACAGAGACCAGAUGAGCCUGUGAAGAGUCAGUGGAAGAAUCUACCAGCAGCUGGAAUGCCUUCUGGAUAUUCGGAGCAUCAUGACUUCAGUGAAGGGUAUCCCACGGACAGAGACAAGUCUGAUGGCAGUAAUAAACCUUUGCCUGCCGCUGGUAGACGCAGUCAAAGUCCAGAGAAAUCCAGCAAGGAUCAGCCACAGAGACCAGAUGAGCCUGUGAAAAGUCAGUGGAAGAAUCUACCAGCAGCUGGAAUGCCAUCUGGUUACUCAGAGCAUCAUGACUUCAGUGAAGGCUAUCCAACCGAUAGAGAUGUGAGGGAUAAACCUGAUGGCAGUAAGAAAUCCAUGCCUGCUGCAGGUAAACCAACGAGACGCAGUCAAAGUCCAGAGAAAUCCAACAAGGAUCAGCCACAGAAACCCGACGAGCCAGUCAAGAGUCAGUGGAAGAAUUUGCCGGCAGCUGGAAUGCCAUCAGGUCACUCUGAACAUCAUGACUACAGUGAAGGUUAUCCAGCAGAUAAAGAUGUAGUGAAGGAUGAUAAAGGUGCUACACGAAAAUCACCACAAAAAUCUGCAAAACGAAGUCCAAGUCCUGAGAAAUCAUUGGAUGGACCAGACAAGAAACCGAAAAAGUCAAAACCGGCAGCUGGUAAACCAUCACAAAGUGAUAAGCCUGAGAAAGUGGUGGAAACUACUAAGAAAACUAUGGAUACAACGCAGGAAGUUGUAGAUGACGGUUUUGAUAUUGUUAUGACUGACGCUGUCAGGAUGAUUGGUGGAAAAAUAGUUAAAACUAAAGUGAAAACAAAGGUGAUCAAACAAGAUUUGAAUAAAGGCAGGAGGAAAUCUACUGAGAGUGUUGACUCAUCAGCUACAUACUGUGUAGACGAGCCAAUGAUUGUUGAGUUCCCUUAUCUGGAUGAUACAGAUCACACCACAAUGACCAUCUAUGACAAUGACAGAGAAGCUGGCAGAAUGAUGCAAUUCGAUGACACCAAGGUUACCACUGACAUUGGAAAUCGUGAAGUUUGGGAGAAGACUGAUAAUAUAUCUUCAUCAAAGAAAAUAUCUACUUCAUCAAGCAAGACAGCUGUUUCGAAAAAAUCCCAGAGCACCAGGACUACAGUUUAUGAAACAAGGGUGAUGAAUGAAAGGGUGAAUGGAUAACAACAACGAAACGCGAUGAGCAGGUGCUACAACCAGAGAUCACUGAUUUUGUUGUGACUGAAACCGGUGGGACAAGAGUUGAAGAUAGUUUCAAACGUCACACCGGAACCAAAGUGAUCAGAGACGACCGUGUAGUCAGUGAGACAGUGAGGGGUCAGGCGGUGACGCAGGAUGUCAGAGUUCACAGCAAACAGGUCCGCGACAAGGUGGUGGUCGACAAAAUGGACGUGGACGUGCGCGACAAAGUGGUUGUCGACAAGAAGGACGUGACAAACGUGGAUGUGAGAAGGGAGUCGUUCGUGGUUCAUGAGGGGAAGACCGAGGAGCAGCGGAUGAUCCAAUCCGCGAAGGAUGUUACUACUUCGAAGACAACCAGGGUGAACAAGCAGGAGAAGCCUAAGCCGGUGGCGCCUAAGGAGCAAUGCAUCUGCGAAAUCUGCACUUGCGGACGUCACACAUGCACCCACCAGCCAGGCGAUGUGGGCCCUCCUCUCGACUGGUCACCAGCCCCUCUGCCCAAGGACUCGCUGUCGCACGAGGAGUUCCACGAGUGGCGACCCGAGCAAGUCGAGCGUCCUCGGCCUCAGCGGCUGCACACCGAGCUACACUUGCCCGAAGGAGUAAUCGACUCCACCACUGCCUAUCGCUCAGAGUUCGAGCCGAAGAGGGCCGACCGUCAGCCCAAGUUCAAACAUGAUGAUCAUCUGAAACCAGAGGGAGAUUAUACUCCAGAGAGACGACAUGACUAUCCAGCACUGGGACCUGGAGAGCGGGCUCCAGUCCGAAAACCCAAUGAUAACUUAAGACCUGAAGGUGACUUUGAGAGGCCAACUAGACACGAAGGCCCAAAAUCCACUGAGCGUCCCAAGCCAUUCAAACCUCAUGACAAUUUGAAACCUGAAGGAGACUUUGACCGACCGAAGCCAGACAAAUAUGCACCUGGUGAGAGAGCACCAAUUGUCAAGCAUCCAGACAACUUGAGACCUGAAGGAUCUUUCGAACGACCUAAACCUGAAAAAUAUGCACCUGGUGAGAGAGCACCCAUCGUGAAACACCCAGAUAACUUGAGACCUGAAGGUGAUUUUGAUAGACCUGAACAUGCAAAGUACCAACCUGGUGACAGAGCUCCAGUCGUAAAACAUCCAGAUCAUCUGAAACUGGAAGGUGACUUUGAGAGACCUUCCCCUACCAAGGUGGGACCAGCAGAGAGGCAAAAACCUUUCAAGCCUCAUGAUAACUUGAAGCCUGAAGGCGAAUUUGAUCGACCAAAACCUGCACCGUAUGGGCCGGGAGAAAGAGCUCCAAUCGUGAAGCAUCCAGAUAACCUCAAACCUGAAGGAGAAUUUGAGCGUCCCGUUCAUGAGAGAGUAGGACCGGCAGAGCGUCUCAAACCAUUCAAACCGUUGGACAACCUGAAACCUGAGGGAGAAUUUGAGAGACCCAAGUCGGUCAAAGUGGGCCCUGGUGAACGACCCAAGCCAAUCAAGCCUAGUGAUAAUCUGAAGCCUGAAGGUGAGUUUGAACGACCAACGCCUGCCAAGUAUGGACCAGCAGAAAGACCAAGGCCCAUAAAACCAACAGACAAUCUCAAGCCUGAAGGAGACUUCGAGAGACCGUCCCCUACCAAGGUGCAGCCAGCAGAAAGACCCAAGCCUUUCAAGCCAUCUGACAAUCUGAAGCCUGAAGGAGACUUUGAGAGACCUUCACCUUCCAAGGUACAACCAGCAGAAAGACCUAAGCCUUUCAAGCCAUCUGACAAUUUGAAGCCUGAGGGUGAUUUUGAGAGGCCUUCAGUUCCUGAUGCACCAACUCGUGGAGAGAGAGCACCAAUUCGGAAGCCUGAGGACAACUUGAAACCAGAGGGAGAAUUCCAUGGACAACGUACAAUCAUUGAAGAGUUCAGAGAAGUGAGGGGAGAGAGAGCUGAAAUCCAUCGACAUGAAGACAAUCUAACUACAGGAGGUGUAUUCACAGGUGUGACAACAAAACAACUGGAAUUCAAAGGAGAGCCAGGUGAAAGACCAACCAUGGUUCGAAGAAAUACCUGGACGAAGUUGGAAGGUGAUAUGGACAUCGAAACAACGAGUAGGAGUGAGUUCAAACGAUUCGAUACGACGGAGCGUACUCAGAUCGUAAGGAGAAGAUCUGACAAUUUAACAGUUGGUGAAGGAAAAUUCCAGGUUACUUCCCAUACAAAAGAUGACUACCCAGAGAGAUGGCCAGUGAAACCUCAGAAGCCAAGGAAGAGAGAUGAUAAUCUGAAAAUGGAAAUAGGAGAGUUCCACUCUGAAACCAGUUCAAGUGAUGCCUAUCAAGGUCAUCAGAUAACAACAAAGGUGGAAGUGAAACGAAGAAGGGAUAACUUAGUCACUGAGGGUGAGAUGUCAUUCGAUUCAUCAUCCAAGCUAGAUUUCACAGAAAAAGUAACAGAAAGAGAGAAACCUAAGCGAAGAAGAACAUGGACAAAACAGGAUGGUGAGAGGUAUUUUGAAACAACCUCUCAGGAGUUCAAAGAGCACCCUAUAACAAGAGUAACUCAAAAACCCAGAGAUAAUUUGAAGCCAGAGGGAGAGUUUGAGCGUCCAUCUUCUCCUGUGAAACCUCAAGCAGCUGAACGACCAAAACCAUUCAAGCCUCAUGACAACUUGAAACCUGAGGGAGAUUUCGAAAGACCCUCUUCACCAACAAAGCCAACAGUUGCCGAGAGACCAAAAGCAUUUAAGCCUCAUGAUAACCUGAAACCAGAAGGAGAAUUCGAGAGGCCAAAACAAACAAAGCUUGCACCAUCAGAGCGCCCAAAACCAAUCAAGCAUCAUGACAACUUGAAACCAGAAGGUGAUUUCACAAGACCUGAAGAGCAUCAUUACAUACCAGCUGAACGCCCAGUUCAAGUCAGGCCUUCUGACAACCUCAAACCUGAGGGUGAGUUUGAAAGACCACAGAAGCCAAGAGUAGAAAAAGGAGAAAGGCCAAAGCCGAUAAAACCAACUGAUAAUUUGAAACCUGAGGGAGAAUUCGACCGCCCAAUUCCAACAACAGUUGGCAGAGCUGAAAGACCUAAACCAGUGAAACCUUCAGACAACCUUAAACCUGAAGGUGAAUUUGAACGACCACAUCCUCAAGAAGUUCUGUAUGCUGAGAGACCCAAGCCAAUAAAGCCAACAGACAAUUUAAAACCGGAAGGUGAAUUUGAGAGGCCUGUCCCAAAAGAAGUGAGACCAGCUGAACGACCUAAGCCAGUAAAACCAAAUGAUAAUCUCAAACCUGAGGGAGAUUUCGAAAGACCAGAGGAACAUAUAUUCAAGCCAGCAGAACGUCCUUCACCAAUAAAGCCAUUGGACAAUUUGAAACCAGAAGGUGAUUUUGAGCGCCCAGAGAGACAAAAAGUGGCCAAGGGAGAAAGACCACAACCCUUCAAACCUUCAGACAACUUGAAACCUGAAGGUGAUUUUGACAGGCCCAUAAAGCCGAAAGUUGGGCCAGGGGAAAGGGCUGAUAUCGUUAAGCAUCCUGAUAAUUUGAGACCAGAGGGUGAUUUCAUUGGUCGCCCAAAAGAUGACUUUGUGCCAACUUAUGGAGAAAGAGCACCAAUUGUUAAACCUCAAGACAAUCUCUAUCCUGAGGGUGAAUUUACAAAACGACCAGAUAAUGAUUACUUGCCUAAAAAAGGAGAAAGAGCACCGGUGGUCAAGCCGAAAGACAACCUUAAGCCUGAAGGAGAGUUCGAAGGUAGACCAAAACAAAAACCAGUCCCACAAUAUGGAGACAGAGCUCCCACAGUAAAACCAAAAGAUAACCUGUAUCCUGAAGGAGAUUUCCAGGGGAAACCCAAGGAUGACUAUGUUCCAACAAAAGGAGACAGAGCACCUGUGGUUAAACCUAUAGAUAAUCUGAAGCCAGAAGGUCCAUUUGAAGGUCAGCCAAAGGAUGAUUACACUCCAAAGAAAGGAGAAAGAGCUCCAGUUGUGAAGCCAAAAGAUAAUCUGAAACCAGAGGGAACUUUUGAAGGAAGAGUACCAGAGACUGCACCAGGAUGGGGAGAGCGGGCACCAGUGGUCAAACCAAAAGACAAUUUAUGGCCUGAAGGUGAAUUCCAAAAGAGGCAACCAGAAGAGUACAUUCCUGUGAAACGACCAGAUCAGUUCAAACCACUGGAUAAUCUCAAACCAGAGGGAGAAUUUGAAAGACCAAUUCCUCAAAAAGUCAAACCAGCUGAGAGACCAGAGAUAAUCUACCAUCCAGAUAAUUUGAGACCUGAGGGAGAGUUUCUGGGUAGACCAAAAGAUGAUUAUGUGCCAACUUAUGGAGAAAGAGCACCUGUUAAAAAGCCAAAGGAUAAUUUGUAUCCUGAAGGCAAACUAGUUAUUGGGCCAAAGGAUGAUUUCACUCCUAAGAAAGGUGAUAGAGCUCCUGUAGUAAGACCUGUUGACAAUCUGAAACCAGAAGGUGACUUUGAAAUACAACCUAAACAAAAAGCUCCAAAAGGUGAAAGAGCACCUGUAGUGAAGCCUAAAGAUAAUUUGAAGCCAGAAGGUGAAUUUGUUGGUCGCCCCAAAGAUGAUUUCCAACCAACAUAUGGAGAGAGAGCACCAGUUGUCAAGCCUCAAGACAAUCUUAGACCAGAAGGAGACUUUGAAGGACGUCCAACAAAUGACUUUCUCCCUAAAAAGGGUGAAAGAGCACCAGUUGUGAUACCAAAAGAUAACCUGAAACCAGAGGGAGAUUUCCAAGGGAGACCAAAAGAUGACUACGUUCCAACUUAUGGUGAGAGAGCUGAUGUUAAAAAACCUAAAGAUAACUUAUAUCCAGAAGGAAAGUUUGAAAGGCCAAUUCCGAAAGAGUACAGUCCAGCUGAAAGACAGAAACCAAUCAAGCCUAUUGAUAAUUUAAAGCCAGAGGGAGAAUUUGAAAGACCUUUAUCACAGCCAAUUGGUCCUGGUGAUCGAGCAGAAAUUGUAAGACACCCAGAUAAUCUGAGACCAGAAGGAGACUUUGAAAGAAGGCCAAAAGAGAAAGCACCUACAGGGGAAAGAGCACCUGUAGUUCGACCAAAAGAUAACCUAAAACCUGAGGGAGAAUUUGUGGGUAGACCAAAAGAUGAUUUUGUUCCAACAUAUGGUGAUAGAGCACCAACAGUGAAACCACAAGACAAUUUACGACCAGAGGGAGAAUUUGAAAAAAGGCCAACAAAUGAUUAUUUGCCCAAAAAGGGAGACAGAGCACCAGUUGUGAGACCUAAAGACAAUUUGAAGCCUGAGGGUGAAUUUGAGGGUAGGCCCAAAGAUGAUUUUGUACCUACAUAUGGUGAUAGAGCCCCUGUAAAGAAACCAAAAGAUAACCUGUAUCCAGAAGGUGAAUUUGUGAGACCACAAAGUGAAGUUGCACCAACUAAAGGAGACAGAGCUCCAAUCAUAAAACCCAAGGAUAACUUGAAACCAGAAGGGGAAUUUGAAAAAAGGCCGAAGACUGAUGAAAUACCAGUAACAAAAGGAGACAGGGCACCAGUAGUGAGACCGAAAGAUAACCUCUAUCCUGAGGGAGCUUUCGAACGACCAACACCUCAAGAUUAUUCACCAGGAGAGAGACAGAAACCAUAUAAGCCAUCAGACAACCUAAGACCUGAAGGCGAAUUUGAACGCCCUGAGCAAGAUAAAUACAAGCCAGGUGAUAGACCAAAACCUAUUAAACCACAUGAUAAUCUUAGACCAGAAGGAGAAUUUGAGAGACCAAAACCUACAGAAGUGUUACCUGGAGAAAGAGCAAAGCCAAUCCACCAUGAAGAUAAUUUGAGGCCUGAGGGAGACUUUGAGAGACCAGUGAGGCAACCAGUAGGUAAACCAGAUAGAGCCGAAAUAAUAAGACACCCAGACAAUUUGAAACCUGAGGGAGACUUUGAGAAAAGGCCAAGAGAACUAGCUCCUAAAGGUGAGAGGGCACCAGUAGUAAAGCCAAAAGACAAUUUGAAGCCUGAAGGUGAGUUUGAAGGUCGUCCAAAGGAUGAUUUUGUGCCGACCAUAGGAGAAAGAGCUCCCACAAAACGACCCGUAGAUAACCUUAGGCCAGAAGGUGAAUUUGAGAAGAGGCCAGAAGAGCAUGCACCAACAAAGGGCGAGAGAGCUCCAGUGGUAAAGCCAAAGGAUAAUUUGAAACCUGAAGGUGAAUUUGAAAGGAGACCAAAAGAAGUAGCUCCGAAAGGUGAGAGAGCACCUGUUGUCAAACCUAAAGAUAAUCUCAAGCCUGAAGGAGAAUUUGAAAGGAGACCCAAAGAGACUGUACCAACAGGUGAAAGAGCUCCAGUAGUGAAGCCAAAAGACAAUUUGAAGCCUGAAGGUGAGUUUGAGAGGAGGCCAGAAGAGCAUGCUCCAACAAAAGGUGAGAGAGCUCCAGUUGUUAAGCCAAAGGAUAAUCUCAGGCCUGAAGGUGAAUUUGAGAGGCGACCUAAAGAGACUGUACCAACAGGUGAAAGAGCUCCAGUUGUGAAGCCAAAAGACAAUUUGAAGCCUGAAGGUGAGUUUGAGGGACGUCCUAAGGAUGAUUUUGUGCCAACCAUAGGUGAAAGAGCUCCUACGAAACGACCAGUAGAUAACCUGAAGCCAGAAGGUGAAUUUGAGAAGAGACCAGAAGAACAUGCUCCAACAAAAGGUGAGAGAGCUCCAGUGGUGAAACCGAAGGAUAAUUUGAAACCUGAAGGUGAAUUUGAAAGGAGACCAAAAGAAAUAGCUCCAAAAGGUGAAAGAGCACCUGUUGUCAAACCUAAAGAUAAUCUCAGACCUGAAGGAGAAUUUGAAAAGAGAGUUGUAUCUGAAACAUUCUUGAGAGGUGAGAGAGCUGAAAUAAUACAUCAUGAGGAUAACUUGAAGAUGGUUGGGGAAUUUGAAAAGCGAGUAGUUGAAGAAGUGAAGCCUGGAGUUCGUGCUCCCAUAGUGAAGCAUCCAGAUAACCUCAAGCCAGAAGGUGAAUUUACAGAAUCUAGAACAAGAGAUGACUAUCUAGUGGUAAAAGGUGAUAGAGCAGAAAUUCAUAAACAUGAAGAUAACUUGAAAAUAACAGGUGAGAUGAUUUGUGAAAGACGAGAUGAUUAUAACUUCAUCAAAGGUGAGAGGGCAGUGGUUCAAAGGCAUAAGGACAACUUGAAAAUGGAAGGUGAAAUUGAGGUUCACAGAUCCAGAGAUGACUACACCACAUUGACAGCUGAGAGAGUUGACAUUCAUCGAUAUGAAGACAAUCUAAAACUGGAGGGAGAAUUCUCCGAGUCCUGGAGGAAAGAUGACUACAAAAUUGUUCAAGGAGAGCGAUCUGAGAUCAGAAAAUACACUGACAAUUUGAAAUUGGAAGGAGAUUUUACCACAACACGAACAAGUGAUGACUUCUUCCCAAAGACAAGUGAGAGAGUUACUCCUAUCAAGCAUCCAGAUAAUCUGAGACCAGAAGGUGAGUUUGAAAGACCAAGGCCAGAGAAAGUGAAGCCAGGUGAAAGAGCCGAGAUUGUUAAACACAAUGAUAACUUGAAACCAGAGGGUGACUUUGAAAGACCUGAGAAGGACAAAUAUCAACCAGGUGAGAAACGAAAACCAAUAAGACAGUCAGACAACUUGAAACCGGAAGGUGAAUUUGACAGACCAGAUAGACCACAAUAUGGACCAGGCGAUCGAGCUGAUAUUGUGAAACAUCCAGAUAAUUUGAAGCCAGAAGGUGAUUUCGAGAAAAGACAUGAUGAUAAGUUCAUUCCAGCAGAACGUAGAAAACCUUUUAAACACCAGGAUAAUCUCAGGCUUGAAGGAGAAUUUGAGAAGCCAAGAGAAGUACAGACAGGGCCUGGUGAGAGAGCACCUAUUGUCAAGCAUCCAGAUAAUCUCAAACCCGAGGGUGAGUUCUAUGGUCAAAGACCAAUUGAUGAUUAUAAACCAGUUACAUCACAAAGAGAAAUUGUUAAAAAACACAAGGAUAAUCUGAAAAUUGAAGGCGAGUUCAUCGAUUUGUGCACAAGAGAUGAUUUUACAGUUGUCAAAGGUGAGAGAAUGAAUAUUGUUAGGCAUGAAGAUAAUCUGAAGAUGGAAGGAGACAUGGAAAUUCGUAGAUCAAGGGAUGAUUACACAGCAACAAGAGGUGAGCGAGCUCAAAUCACCUUGCAUAAUGAUAACUUGAGAAUGGAAGGGGAGUUUACAGAGUACAGGUCAAGAGAUGAGUACUCCAUGCACAAGAAAGGAGAAAGAUCAGAGAUCACCAGACACACUGACAAUCUGACUGUUCAGGGAGAAUUUGAAGGGAAACCAACCUCAAAAGAUGAUUAUAAACCAGUCAAAGGUGAGAGAGCUGAUAUUAAAAAGUAUAAGGAUAAUCUGACUUUAGAAGGUGAGUGGGAUAUCAAGAGAUCACGUGAUGACUACACUGCAGUGCAUUCAGAGAAGGUAACUGUUGUAAAGCAUGAGGACAAUCUCAGAGUGGAAGGAGAGUUCACAGAUAUGCGAUCUCGCAAUGAUUAUUCACAUGUCAGCGCUGAAAGGCCAGUUAUAAAGAGGCAUCCUGACAAUUUGAAACCUGAAGGUGAAUUUGAAAAACGACCUAAAGAUCAAGCACCGAAGGGAGAAAGAGCACCUGUAGUAAGGCCUAAAGAUAACCUUAGACCUGAAGGAGAUUUUGACAGACCUCAGAAAGCACCACUGGGACCAGGAGAAAGGAGAACACCCAUCAGACAUCCUGAUAAUUUGCAUCCAGAGGGAGACUUUGAGCGACCUCAACGUGAAAACGUGAAUAGGGGAGAAAGAGCACCGAUUGUGAAACAUCCAGACAACCUCAGACCUGAGGGAGACUUUGACAGACCUCAGAAAGCACCGCUGGGGCCAGGAGAAAGGAGAACACCAAUCAGACAUCCUGAUAAUUUACAUCCUGAGGGAGACUUUGAGCGACCACAACGUGAAAAUGUGAAUAGGGGAGAAAGAGCGCCAAUUGUAAAACAUCCAGACAACCUCAGACCUGAAGGUGACUUUGACAGACCUCAGAAAGGACCAUUGGGACCAGGAGAAAGGAGAACACCAAUCAGGCAUCCUGAUAAUUUGUAUCCUGAAGGAGAUUUUGAACGACCUCAACGUGAAAAUGUGAAUAGGGGAGAAAGAGCGCCAAUUGUAAAACAUCCAGACAACCUCAGACCUGAAGGUGAUUUCGACAGACCUCAAAAAGGACCAUUGGGACCAGGAGAAAGGAGAACACCAAUCAGGCAUCCUGAUAAUUUGUAUCCUGAAGGAGAUUUUGAACGACCUCAACGUGAAAAUGUGAAUAGGGGAGAAAGAGCACCGAUUGUGAAACAUCCAGACAACCUCAGACCUGAGGGAGACUUUGACAGACCUCAGAAAGGACCAUUGGGACCAGGAGAAAGGAGAACACCAAUCAGGCAUCCUGAUAAUUUGUAUCCUGAAGGAGACUUUGAGAGACCACAACGUGAAAAUGUCAAUAGAGGAGACAGAGCACCAAUUGUGAAACACCCAGACAACCUCAGGCCAGAAGGAGAUUUUGAAAGAAGACCAAAAGUUGAUUCAAAACCCGUUAGGGGUGAGAGAGCCAUCAUUCAAAAGCCCAAGGAUAAUUUGGAAAUUGGAAAAGGAGAGUUUGAAGGAUCCUCCACACAUAAAUCACAAUUCACAACUUAUAAGGGUGAAAGGGUUGCUACUAAGAAGUAUGAAGAUUCUCUGAAGGUGGGAGAAGGAAGAAUGGAUGUGAAAUCUACAAGUAGAGAUACAUUUGUUCAUCAAAGAAAAGACUCUACUAAAGAUUCAAUAAAUCACAGACGCCAUGUUGAAUCACAUAUUGUUCUUGGAGAUGACCGAUCUUCAAUGGAUUCAUACAGGCAGCAAUCGAAUGGUUACAAAACUAGAGUGGGUGAAACACAGCGACAAACAAAAAUGUCGGUUGUAGAAUCAGAACAGAAAGUUAUUAAUAAACAAUCUGAAAUGCAACAAACUGUACAAAAACAGAAAUUCCAUCAAUCUCUGGAGCAAAUUGACAGGAAGCAAGAAGAUCUAUCUCGUAAGCAGUCGUCAGUUUCAGAGCACUCCAAACAAGCUGUGACUUCUGAGCAAAUGGGACAAAGGACUGUGCAUAAUGGAAAACAUAUUCAUCAAAGUAGUGAGCAGAAAUCUACAUCCAGUCAAUCUUUCAUCAAUGAAGAGAAAUCAUCACAUAUAAGACAAUCUGGUAUGAAUCAGACCAUGUCGGCUUAUACUAGUUCAGAUUCCAACCAACACAGUGUCACAUCACAGUCAUCUGGCACAAGUGCAAGAAAUGUAAACUAUGAAUCACAAAAUAGAAAAAUGGUCCAAUCAGCUUCGGACUCAAGCAGGGUUGAGAGGAGUUCAUUGAGCCAGAAGGAUAUUCAAUCAAGUCAGAGAAUAUCAUCGCACCAGUCAUCAGUAAUGGAAUCUCAGUCUACGCAUCAGAAAUCUGUUGCAAGAACCACCAAGAGUCAAACUAGUAAUGAGUUCAGAGAAGCAAUGGAAGGCAGAGGAGAAAGUAGUAGACAUGAAAUCACAAAAGGUGGAGGUCAUCACAGAAGGAAUGUUAUAUCAUCAUCAUCCACCGAUGUUGCCAACUCUGUGCUCCACAGGAAAGGCAUGCAAUCGUCCACAGAAGCCCUCCACACAAUAUCAACAACGGCUGCAGUUCAAAGGAAAAGUCUGCAAAACCUGGACAGCCAAUGUAUAUCGACCAACACGUCAAAUGACAGGAAGAGCCUCAGUUCAAUGCAUAGACAGGCAGUCAGCGAAGUCCAGCCGGCCGGUUACAUCCGUAGAGCUGACAGUCUGACCAUUGGAACGGGACGUUUCCAUGGACAAAGCGAAGCCAAAUCGUAUGGAAACUUCACCUCUUCGGAAAGAGUGACCAGAGUGAAGAACACUAAUGCUUCACACUUCAGCCUUGGUAGUGACAGCUCCACACAGUCGUCCUCUCUGUACAAGAGAGAGUUCACUCCAAGGGUGACAGGUCCUUGUCCAGUGCAUUUGAUUGAAACUCACAAGACUACUGUCUACAAGCAUACGAGAGAUACACCAAAGCACAAGUUCUAUAUGACCAAGGUUUCCGAAUAA